GCCAUUUUGUAUUAUCGUAUGGACGUUUAAGCCUGCGUCUGUAAACACAUGUUGACCGACUAGAAAUUAAGGAAUAAUUCUUGUACGAGUCGUAAAAGCGUACAGCUGAUGUCGAGGAGGAAGACGAUGAUCUGAAGCUGCUUUAUAUUCACUGACUUACAGCUUUUUACAUAAAAAUGAUUGUCGAAAAUCUGGACGCGUUGAAAAUCUGGCUCACCAAUACGUUAACUCCAAUAUGUGAUGCUGAUCCAGACCCCCUUGCAAAAUAUGUAGUAGCUCUCCUUAAAAAAGACAAAACAGAAAAGGAACUUGAGGCAGUAUUUCUAGAUCAGUUAGAUGUUUUUCUCCAAAGCAAAACAAAAGAUUUUGUUGCAUCAUUUUUCCGUGUUUUGGAAGACAAAUCGUACAUUCCACCACCACCACUACCGCCGACCAGUGUUGCUAUUAAAACUGAAGCUGUUCCAGACAGUACAACAACACAAGCAACCACUACCCUACUCAAGCCAGCAGACAUCAAGGAAGAGGUCAAUAAGGAGCCAGUAGAGAGUGAAGAUAAAGCAUCGAAGGACAGUAAAGAAAAAGAUGCCAAACAGCGUCGCAACAGGACAGCUAGUCAGGAGAAACGUGAUUUGGAGGAGAAGCAACGAAGAAGAGACAGAUUUGGACCUGUAGAUCAUGCUGUGACCAGAGUAGUCAGAGGUCAAGAUCGCUUGGACCGACCUGACAGGCCUGACCGACCCGACAGGCCUGACCGACCCGACAGGCCUGACCGUCCAGACAGAGGUCCAGGGGACAGGCGAUACUACAGACGAAGGUCAAGGUCGCGCAGCCCAAGGAGAUUUUCCAGAAGUCCCCUUCGAUCUAGAAGUCCAUUCAGAAGGCGUCUACGCUCAAGAUCAAGAUCUCCAUAUAGGGCAAGAUCAUGGACACCACUUUCAAGGUCAAGAUCAAGGUCAUGGACUCCUCGCUCAAGAUCUAGGUCACGCUCAAGGUCAAGAUCUAGGUCACGCUCAAGGUCAAGAGGAAUGAGACCUCAACCAGACAGUCGAGGAUCAACACCCACCUUGGACAAUGGGAGAUACAGCCACAGUAUCCCUGCCGUAGGGGGUGGAGUGUACUCUAUGGCCCACGGGGACCGCUGUCUCACCACAGACAGUGCAGGCCGUGAGAUACGUCCCAGAUGUAAAGACUAUGACGAGAAAGGUUUCUGUAUGCGAGGAGAUCUGUGUCCUUUUGAUCACGGGCUGGACCCAGUUAUAGUGGAAGAUGUCCCUAUUCCCAGUGUUGGAAUGCCUUUCCCUCCCCGAGGACCACCGCCGCCAACAAGUAACAGCACAAAUCUGCCCCCUGGAUCUGGCCCUAUGGUGUCUGGCCCCCGAUUUAUGCCUCCCACACACGGUCCACCGCCUGGCAUGCCCAGGAUGGGAAUGGGGCCUGGACCAAGACCUCCACCUCCAAGACUAGAAAACUUUGAAGUGUACAAUCCUGAGGCACCAGGUAUUAACAGACCUCACGGUCCUGGACUACCUCCUUUCUGGAAUGGCCCUCGAGGACCCCCGCCUGGAAUGGGGAGAGGUGGACCACCGCCCAACUUCCUGUCUGGUCCUCCCCCACCACUACCCCCUAACCCAAACAGAAGAGAUCACCUAGUCAGCAUCCCCACCCUCCCUCAGGCAGAGGAAGUUAAAGAAGAAGAGGAAGCUGCUUUAGCUCCCCCUGGUACAGAACCUGUAUCGAAGCCAGUUGUCGUAGAAAAGCCUACGGAGAGGACAGUCAUUGCUCCAAAGAGGGCAUUCAACUCUAGUCAGGGUCCAGGUCAGGGUCAGUCCAAUCAGUAUGAUAGUCAGAACCGGUACACAGGGAACCAGUAUGGGGGCCAGAAUCGCUACGGUCCUUCUCAAGCCAAGAAACCGUUUGACUACAAUCGUGUAGGAGGUUACCGAAGGCCUGACAUUGAUAUGUCCAAUACUACCCUCCAAGUCACAAAAGUGCCAAAAGAUUGCUGCAACAUUGUGAAAGUCAACGAACACUUCUCCAAGUUUGGCAAUCUAACAAACAUAAAGAUUGGGUAUAAUGCUCACGACACUAUCCUGAUCUCCUACUCGACCAAUGCAGAGGCUCUAGCCGCCUACCGCUGCAGUGAUCCGGUCUUCAACAACAGGUUCAUUAAACUCUUCUGGCACAAACCAGAAAAGGAGCAGGGACAAAAUCAGCCAGACUCGUCAGAAAAUUCUGGUAACAAGGCUGCUGGCUCCGGUGAUUUUAGGAAUGUCCAGCAUGCCUCUGCUAAGUCGAGACUCGGAGCCGUCAUCCCUCCAGCCAGUAAACUCUCACUCAAUAACCUCAAGAAGCCACCUACUACCCAGGCAGUGGUAGCUACUGAUGGUGAAGCCAGUUUAUCUACAGAUACCCGGGACUUUAACAAGGAAAAGACGCUUGUGUACACAUCCUCAGUAGGUAACAUUACAAAGACUGUGUACAACCCUGAAGCUAUCAAAGCUAAGACGGUCCUUACUAGUCCCACCGCUGUACAGACAGCCAGCUUUGUCUUCAAGAUUGAGGCGAUUAAACGACAGGAAGCUCUGAAGAAGGAAGCAAUGAAAAAGAAAAUAGAAAUUCAAAAGCAGAAACAUGAUCUACUUCAGAAACAGCUAGAACAUCAAAAGGUGCUGAUACAAAAGCUAGAGAAAACCAAAAACAUGAGUGCCGAGGACAAGGAAACCGUAAUGAAGACUUUGAAGAUCCUUGAAUGCAGUAUUGUAAAGCUGAAAGUAGAACUUGUUCCAAAAAAACCUGUGGUGGAUCCGGCAAUGCUCAAAUCUCCAGAACUGGCCAGGAAAGAAAUCCUUGACACUGAAUUGGAGUUGUUUACCAAACAGAGCACUGGGGAGGAUACAUCAAAUUUAAAACAGAAACUCAACGAACUCACUAAACAGGCAUCAGCGAUGGGUCUUCUUGGCAGAGGGCGUGGUCGGGGUGUCCCCCGUGGACGGGGAUCUACCACCUGGGUAGCCAGUGGUCUGAGGGGUCGGGGACGUGCUCAGAGAGGAAGAGGGAGGGGAUCGGGCUUCCCUCCUGGUGGAAACAGAACCUUGGACAAAAGACCAAAGAUGGUGGAGGUGUCUGGAUUCGACCUGGAGGAAAAAGACGGAAUCCAUUCUCACUUUUCACAAUUUGGUACAGUUGAAAAGGUGGAAUUUGAUGAGGAGUCUCAAUCAGCAAUCAUCUCCUUUCAAACAAGAAUGGAUGCAGAAAUGGCGGUGUUACGUGGUUCCAAGUUCAACAACACUGUGCUUGCGAUGAAGUGGUACAUUGAGCCAAAGGUGGUACUGAACCUCAACAUCAGCAGUGAUGACAGCUUCGUUGGAGAGGACCCUGCUGAGGAGGUAUCUUUAGUUGACGAUGAAAUAGAUGAGGAUGCUUUACUUGCUGGAGAUGAUGACGAAGAAGAAGAUGAGGAAAGUCGUUCAUGGAGGCGAUAAGAACAGACUCCCAAUCCUGGAGGGGAUGGAAUUAAUGUUUUGUUUACUCUAGGCAUUCUAAAAUGUCCCUGAUUUGUAUAUAAUUUUUGUAUCAUUUACCUACGAAUGUAUGACAUUCAGUGAAUUGUGACACUGUGAUUGCAUGUAACAGAGAUUUGAGAGUAAAAUGUGUGAGAGUUCAGAUCCCCGUACUGUAGUCAAUUGGUACGGCUUCUUGAUUCCAAUUAAGACUGCUGAGGUGCGUGAUCAGAGUUUAGUAUGGUAUGUUAGCAAUGCUUCUGCGAGUGCUGUGUUCACUAUGUAGACCUGAAUGACAUGAACUUCCCCACAAGAUUUUCCACUAACAUCAUGUGUUCGAUUGGUGCAAUAGGACUAGCAUGUAUAUAUCGCUUGCAAGCAGUGUCAUUUGAGAAUGAAUAAAUCUGUUUCAGUUUAUCUCCUGGGUGAACACUAUACAUACCUCACUUGAUGUAUGUUAAACUCGUUCUCAUCUUCUGCCGUGAAAAAAAUGUAGAGAUCCAGUAGGUGAUAAUUGGUGCAUUGUAAAUAUUCAAAAUGUGAAGAAAUGUACAGAGAAUGUGUAAAUGGUGAAAACAGGUUUAGGUUUGGGGGCUGUAUGGAAGAUAAAAUAUACUAUUUAUUUAGUUGGAAUGUUUUGAAUGUUUAAAUGUUUGUAACUGUGAGUUGUUAGGUGUUUAAACGGGGAACAUACCAUUAUUGUGUUAAGUACACAUCAUGUAUGAAAG